AUGGAUCCACCAGGCAUUGCAGAGCUCAGUGGGAAGGACGACGAGCCAGAGAUGUCCGUGUCCCUGAAAUCUUGUUUCAGUCAGGGUUUGAAACAGCUGCAUUGCUCCGAGGAACUUUGCAAUGCUACCUUGAUAGCCGGUGGAAAGAGGUUUCCAUGCAACAGGGCACUGCUAGCCUCCAUCAGCCCUUACUUCCAGGCCGUGUUCACGAGUGGCUUCAAGGAGUCCAUAGAUGGGGAAGUCCUCCUGAAAGACAUGGAUCCCUCCAUUCUCCAGAACCUGCUGACCUACCUCUACUCGGGGGAGCUGUCCCUCAGUUCAGAGACGGCUGAAGAUCUCUUCACAGCAGCCAGCCGGCUCCAGCUCAUGCCGGCACUGGCACUCAUCAGCAGAUAUCUCACAGAGAAGAUCUCCAUGGAAAAUUGCCUUCGCCUCUACAUGCUGGCUCGUGAUCACAACAACUCCACCCUGAUGCGCGGCACAUUACGUUACCUGGGCCUCCACUUCGAACCCCUCCUGGAACACAAAGAUUUCCCACACCUCGACCUCAGUGCUUUUGUCGGCAUCAUCUCCUCUGACCAUCUAGCCGUGACCUCCGAACUGGAUGUCUUCCUGGCCGUGCAGCGUUGGGUGACAGCCGCCCCCGCCGAACGCCUUGCAGUGCUCAAGGCGCUGCUACAACACAUCCGCUUCCCGCUCCUGACCCAUAAGGAAAUUGCCAAAGUCCAGGCUGAUGUAGUGACACUUGACCAGCAAGUCGAGUUGCAAUGGGAAGACCUCGAUGGGGCUGGGAGGCUGCAAGCGAGUGGGGGACUGCGGCAGGGCAUGUAUCAGGAAAGGAUCAUAUGCAUCAAAGUGCCCCGCUUGAGGGACAUCCUCUCCGUCAGCGAAGACAUGGAUUGCUAUAUGGAGUGCCUGAACCCAGCUUCGGGAUCGAGGACAAAGCUGCCGCCUUUAGAACUGGUGGCGCUCCCUGGCUGUUCGGUCCUAGAACACAGGCUGUACAUCUCGGGAGGAAAACACCCGGAUGGCUCCUACUCCUGCGCGCUGCACGAGUACAACUCUCUCGCCGACUGCUGGAUCCAGCUCCCCGCCAUGUCAACACCCCGGUCUGUGCACAUGUUCUUAACCUGUAAGCGGAAGCUGUUUGCCCUGAGUGGCUGGAAUGAUGCCGGCCCCCUGGCCUCCGCAGAGAGCUUUGACGUGGCCCAGCAGGCGUGGGCACCCAUCGCCAGCCUGCCCAUGAUUCUGCGGUUCUCCGCCUCUGCCCCAUACAAGAACAAGCUCUAUCUAAUAGGAGGGGACGCUGACUCCGAGGAGGUGGUCUACCAGGGCAUCCUUGUCUAUGACAUCCACUUGGAUACCUGGACACAGGUGCCUCUGGAGUUCAGUCUUCACGGUGCAGCUGCUGUCGCCAUGGAGACUGGGAUCUGUGUCAUCGGGGGAUUCUUUUCCAAAAAGAUCACCCACCCAUACCCAAACAGGCGGUUUAGCCAGCUUCUGCCUUGCACCGCUAAAUGUUUUUUCAUGCAUGAGGCCGGCAUUGUGAGCAAGGAGGUCACGAUCCCGCCGCUGCCCCUGCCUCUCGCCUUUGCCGGCGCCACUUGCUUUCAGGGGAAAGUUUACGUGAUGGGAGGUGUCUGUACCUCCAGGACGCAUGACUCGAUUUACCACUGGGAGCCUGGGGAAGCUGCCUGGACUCAGUACCCAGAGAACCUCACGGGUCAGGGGACCAUUGUGCGGAGGGUGCUCAAGUGCGUGACCCUGAAGGUGGCCAGGCAGAAACUGAGGGCCCUGGUUCAGGAGGCUUCCACAAGCCGCGUGGCUGUUGGACUACUGAACGCCGAGGUCCCAUUCAAAGCGAGCAGGAAGGAUUGCCACACCAGUCCCUCAGCUCUGGCUCCCUUGCCAUCGCUGGGUGCUGGAACGCUAUAAGAGCGGAAGAAAUGCCUCAUAGG